AUACAUCACAUGCGUGCAUACAUGUAUGAUGAGAUCCGAAACCUUCUUCCAUUCGCAAUGCCCUCUCUUUCUUCCUCGAAUUUCAUUCAAAUCCCUCCCAAGCAAGCCAACCGCUCUUGCCUCGUCCAAUCCAUCUUCGCCCUCUGCUCUCAAAAUAAUUUCAAAAAAGCCAUCGACUCCUUAUCCCUUCUCUCCUCGCGCGGCAUUCGUUUAGACACUUCUACCCUCGCCUUCCUCCUCCAUCAAUUCGGGACCACCAAAUCGCUUGCUCUCGCCAAAUCGGUGCACCUACAUUUGAAGCUCACCGGCCGAAAACGCCCCAAAAUCUUCUUAUCAAACCACCUUAUUCAUCUCUACUUCAAUUGCGGCAGCCACAGUGAUGCCCGCAACGUGUUCGAUAAAAUGUCCGUUAGAAAUAUCUUCUCCUGGAAUGCGAUGCUCGCUGGGUAUACGAAGUUGGGGAUGUUGAAGCCUGCACGGAGAGUGUUCGAUCAAAUGCCUGAACGGGAUGUUGUAUCGUGGAAUACGAUGAUUAUUGGGUUGGCACGGAACAGUUCGGGCGAGGAAGCUGUUGGGUUUUAUAUGCAGUUGCGGCGGUCUUCGGUGGGGUCUAACCAGUUUAGUUUUGCUGGGGUUUUGAUUGCCUGUGUGCGGCUUGAGGAGUUGGGGCUUACUCGGCAGGUUCAUGGGCAGGUUUUGGUUGUUGGGUUCCUAUCGAAUUUGGUUAUCUCAAGCUCGAUCGUGGAUGUGUAUGCGAAGUGCGGGUGUGUUGAUGAUUCACGCCGGUUGUUUGAUGAAAUGCCGGUGAGAGAUGUGCUUGCUUGGACCACUUUGGUUUCGGGGUAUGCAAAGUGUGGUGAUUUGAAAUCUGCACAUAGAUUGUUCGAUGAUAUGCCUGUAAAGAAUGCUGUGUCUUGGACUGCCUUGAUUGGGGGGUAUGUUCGGAAUGGUCUGGAGCCUGAGGCACUUGAGCUUUUCAAGAAAAUGGUAAUGGAAGGUGUAAAACCUGAUCAAUACACUUUCAGUAGUUGCCUCUGUGCUUGUGCCAGCAUGGCUUCGCUAAAGCAUGGCAAACAGACCCAUGCACAUUUGAUCAGGAUCGGUUUCAAUCCUAAUGCAAUAGUCGUCAGCACUCUUGUCGAUAUGUAUUCGAAAUGUGGGUGCUUGGAAGAAUCUCGGCGUGUUUUCAAUUGUAUGGCUAAGAAGGAAGAUUCUGUGUCAUGGAACACAAUGAUCGCAGCAUUAGCACAACACGGUUAUGGUGAGGAGGCAAUAAAAUUGUUUAGGGAAAUGGUGAGAGCAGGGACAAAGCCAGAUCAGAUCACCUUCGUUGUCGUCCUCACUGCUUGUAGCCAUUCGGGCUUGGUGCAAGAAGGGAUUCAAAUUUUUGAGUGCAUGAGACGGGACCAUGGCAUUGUUCCCGGGCAAGAGCAUUAUGCAUGUUUGGUCGAUCUUUUGGGCCGUGCAGGACGUUUUGUUGAGGCGAUUGAAUGGAUUGAGAAGAUGUCUUGCGAGCCUGAUGCUAGAGUUUGGAAUGCAUUGCUUGGAGCGUGUAGAAUUCAUGGUAAUAUAGAAUUGGGUACAAGAGCAGCUGAGCAUCUUCUCGAGUUGGAGCCUCAGUCUCCUGCUGCCUACGUGCUGCUAUCGAAUAUGUAUGCUGCAGUUGGUCGGUGGGGGUCGGUGGAGAAGGUGAGACACCUGAUGAAUGAGAGACAGGUGAGAAAAGAGCGGGCAAUUAGCUGGAUUGAAGUCGAUGGUAAUGUGCACGCAUUCACUGUAUCAGAUCGGCUGCAUCCUUUGACAGAUGCAAUAUUUGCAGUUUUGGAACAGUUAGCUGGCCACAUGGAAGAUGUUCCUUUCAUAAUGUGAAUCUGAAGAGGGUACAAAGCUUGCUGUAUCAGAUCAGCUACAUCCUUUGACAGGUGCAAAUUGCAGUUUUGGAACAGUUAACAUGAAUCCGAAUAGUGUACAAAGAUUGCUGCUUGCCCAUAUUAUCAGCUUUGCAACAGGACUAGACGACGAGAGUCCAAUUGUAUUUUUAUCAUUACAAUGAGGAAAGAGCCCUACAUAAGUUGAUCUUGUGAGUACCUUGGUGCAUGUUGCUCCUGGGAGUACCUUACCUCACAUGCCAAUGUGGCACGUGGCACUUGUGUUAGAUCAAGUCCAUUCCUCAUGUGGGCCCUACUUUCCAUUGCCAUGCUUGAGAAUCAGUCCAGUCUAGUCAUCAAGUGAGCCAUACGUGAUGGCUCCCGCCAAUAGCUCUUCUAUUCUUACCAUACCUUGGAAGCUUCCAAUCACUCGGUUUGGUGACAUUAACUGCUUACUUCUAAGUUGAAGAUGGAUAUAAAAGCUUAUCAAACAAGGGAUCAAGUAGAACCCGACAAAUUUUCAGUGGCCGUCAAGAUUCCACAAAUGAGAUCAACACAAAUGCAAGGAACUGUUGUCAGUCUGGUAAACAAUGAACAGACGGAUCUUUACUACAACUUUGGCUUUUGCAGUGUCAUGUUUGACAGGAUGCUCUUCCCUUUAGAAUGUAGGCGCAAGCCACCUCUUUGCAGGAUAUUCUUCCCUUGCGAGAGCUCCUCAUGGUGAAAGUUCAGAGGCAUUUUCACAAAUAUUGAAAGAGUUUCCUUGGAGGUAUCCAUGCUUUCAUGUGAUAUUUAAAAAUAGAAAUAAAAAAAAUCUUAAAUUGUUUAUGCAAUAAAUUUCGGCAGGAGUUUAUUCUA